CAUAUAUACUCACUUCUACUUAUACUAUCCCUCUAGCUAAUCGAAUUAUCUAAAACCGUUUCUUAAUUGCUUCUUAAAUUGUUUAUUGACUUAUGGCUAAGCAAGAUAAUGCAUUGUUCGAUUCAUCGUCUUCAAUGCCUCUUCUAUCCCUAAAUCACGUCUCAUUUCGAUGUAGAUCCGUUCAGACGUCUGUUAAGUUUUACACUGAUGUUCUUGGGUUUGUUCUAAUUCGACGUCCCUCCUCCUUCGACUUUGAAGGCGCUUGGUUGUUCAAUCACGGAAUUGGAAUACAUUUAUUAGAAGUGGAGACAACUCCAAGUAAGACAGGAUUGAUAAAUCCAAAAGACAACCAUAUUUCGUUCCAAUGCACGAAUAUGGACCUAAUAAUCAAUAAACUCGAGGAGCUAGACAUCAAGUACGUGACCGCAAUAGUAACAGAAGGCGGUGUGGAGGUGAACCAACUCUUUUUCCAUGAUCCAGAUGGCUACAUGAUCGAAAUCUGCAAUUGUCAUGUUCUCCCUGUCCUUCCUAUUGUCUCAUGCCCCCUCAAGAAACACACAUUGACUCAACAAAUUAAUGAACAAGAAGAAUCCUCCUUUUAUGAUAAGAUAAGUUCCAAGAAUUACUUUUGUGGAGAAGAUGAGGUGUUAAUGAUGGAGAAUUUGGUGAUAGAUAUGAUGGGUAUAUCCUUCUAAGAGUAAAAUGUAGUGAGUUAAAUUGGUGCUUCUUUAGCCCUGCUAUGGCUCGAGUGAAUUUUCAUAGUGUUUAAUUCUUUUUAAUGGAGAGGAACCUUGUGUAUCUAUUUGUAUAAUAUGUGAAAGAUAAGAACCCUUCUGUAAAAUUUGAUUGCUUUAUCAUACUACAAAUUGUAGACACAAAUUAUCAGUGUAAUGGUUGAGCCAAUUCAUUGUUCCGAGAAAAAAUAAAGCUUCAACUUUUUUUUUUUUUUA